CCACAGCAUCUUCUCCAUCCGUCUGCUCCACGUGCCCCCGGAUCACGGCCAAGGACGGGCCCCUCAGAUCAGCGAGCUGUGCGUGUGCGACCUGGCCGGGUCGGAACGCUGCAAGGAGCAGCGUGACGGCGAGCGGCUGAAGGAGGCGGGCAGCAUCAACACGUCUCUGCACACGCUGGGUCGCUGCAUCGCAGCCCUGCGCUACAACCAGGCCUGCCGGUCACGGCCCCCCCUGCUGGUGCCCUUCAGGGACAGCAAGCUAACCCGCGUCUUGCAGGGAUUCUUCUGCGGCCGCGGUCGCUCCUGCAUGGUGGUCAACAUCAACCCCUGCGCUUCCAGCUACGACGAGACGCUACACGCCCUCAAGUUCUCCGCCUUGGCCACAGAGCUUGUCCACGUGCCGUCCACCAAGACACGAGUGGCCUACAUCCUGUCCCUGCUGCAAGAGUCUGACCGCCAGGCCAGCGUGGGCGCCGUGGCUGAGGAGGAAGAGGAAGACUGCGAGGAAGACGAGGCAGACCUCACCAUGUUCGACUGCGAGACCCUGCUGCGUGCCAUAGAGGUGCUGAAGGCAGAGGUGCACCGCCAGCGGAGGGAGAAGGAGGAGCUGGAGGCCAGGGUGCGGGAGCAGGUCUGCUCCGAGAUGAUGGAGGUCAUCCGCCGCAUGCAGGACGACUUCGGCGAGACACUGGAGACUGAGAGGACGCUGCUGGAGGAGAAGCAUGAGGAGAAGGUCUCCAACCUGCAGACGAGCCUCAGGAAGUUCUAUGUGCAGGAGAUGGAGGAGCGGGACGAGCAGAUCCGGGAGCUGACUGCUGAGCUGCAGGGCAGGAGGGAGACCGAGGCUCUUCCUGGGGCCCCGGACCCCCAGGGGCCCCGCCGCUCCCUCCGCUUGGCCUCCUCCGGGGUACGGGAGCCGGGCGGAGAGCAGUGCCAGACGGUGCUGCAGGAGGAACCAGAGGAGCUGAAGACAUGCAGCGCGAUGCUGACCCCACUCCCGCCCAGCAGUGUCCUCACCGUGAUCGCCGUAGACCGCAAGCUGGAGGACGGGCAGAAGGUUGGUGCCUCGCAGUCUCUCCCGCGCGCGUCUGCACCGGUGCCUCGCAGUCUCUCCCGCGCGCGUCUGCACCGGUGCCUCGCAGUCUCUCCCGCGCGC